AUGGCUGCUAGACGAGCUGCUCAGUACUUGGGUCUCAAUGAUGAGGAAACAGAACCAGUUUUGGAAGUACGCCGAGAAGUCUGGAAAGCCUGGGCUACUAACAGUAAAACCGGCAUGAUAUCAGAGGAAGAGCACAGAGAGAAAAUCAUGUCACAAUGUAAUCAAAAUAAGUUUCGAUUGGAACUCUAUCCGCAAAUUGUACUGACGGGAUUCGACAACAUGGACAGCGAUGGAGAUGGCCGAAUAUCAAAGAGGGAAUUUGCCGCCUUUUACUACGGUAUGAACGUCCCAGCCGAAUAUUCGAAGGAUGUCUUUGAUGUUCUAGACGAAAACAAGGAUGGCUUCAUUUCAUUGGAGGAAUAUGCCCAAGCGCACGCGGAUUUUUUCUUCAGUGAGGAUCCCAAUAGCAAGUACAAUGACCUUUGUGGUCCUCUAGUGCCAUAA